AAAGCAGAUGGAACUAUGGGUUGAGAAGAAUCAAUUUAAAAUCAAACGGACAGAGAAAGGGGGGAGGAGGGCUGAAGCUAAAUCACACACUCCUUUGAACAGACGAUUGAUUGCAAAGGCAGAGUUGGGAGAUUCCCUUUAAAAUAAUAUUUUUAUUGUGGCAAUGACCCACUUUCGUGGCAGGCGGAUGAUUGAUAAUGAAUAACAAAUCACAAGAUUCCCUUCGCAUUGCUCACUUCCACGGUGCGGAGGUGGUGAUUGAUUGAAUAAGAAGGUUAAGGUUGGGUUGGAGAUUUUUUUUGGGGGCGGUUGGGGGGGUUGGAACGUGAGUGCCAAGUGCAAGUGCAGUGUUGCGUUACGUUUGCUCCUGGACUUUGCUCUGCUCGGCUCAGUGGGAGGAGAUUCUCUGCUGAGGUUGUUACUGGGAACGGGAGAGGCGAUGAGUUGGUUAAAAUCCUCCCUUACGCCAAGCUCCCGUGUCCUGCACGCACUCCUCGCCUCCAGGUUCCCGGCUUCUCUCAGACCCUCUGCAAACAUGGCUUCGGAUUCCCACUGGCUGAAUCCAGAGGAAAGGGAGCAGCUCUUACCAGAGUUAAAAGCUGCUGGGUGGGACGAUGUUGAAGGCAGAGACGCACUUUUUAAAGAGUUCGCAUUCAAGAAUUUUAACCAGGCCUUUGGGUUCAUGACGCGGGUGGCUUUACAAGCAGAGAAGCUGAAUCAUCAUCCUGAAUGGUUCAAUGUGUACCACAAGGUUCAAAUAACACUCUCAACGCAUGACUGUGGAGGUCUGUCCAAAAAAGACGUCAAACUGGCAAAGUUCAUUGAACAGGCAGCAGCAUCAGUACAUUAGGAGUCCUGUAGCUCAAUGGUUAGAGCACUCGCCUCGCAAGCGAGAGG